CACAAUAAUAAAAUAAAACUGUUGUUUGCUGAACACGUGUAGUCAACGUUCUUUUACUUGCCUAAGCGACCUGCUUACAGCACAGCAGUGCUACAUGCACCAUAGCUCUUGGCACCUAAGAAGAGCUGCCUAGCUAGUUCACACACACAAGGUAGCCUCGGUACGCCAACCGGGAAGCGCUGCAGUGCGCGAGGCAGCCAGGAUGCACGGUAUGCGACCCAUCAGCAAGCGUGGACAAUUUUUUCCUGUCACCAACCAAGCCUUCUUCACCAGCAGCGCGAGAGCUGCUUCUGCGGUCGGCAGCAGCACUCGCGACCGAAGCCCCGGACGAAGCAGUGCCAGUAGCCGCAGCACCAAUAGUUCCCAGGAGCUUGUCUGGGAGCAACCUGUUACGCCGGGAACGGCCAGAAGCAUAAGCAGUAGCGAUGUUGGCAACAGCGUCAGCAACACCGAAGAUAGAGGCAGCACCCGCAGCAGAAGCGCCGCGCACCGCGAUAGCGGCACCACGUACAACACUGG